CCAAACACUGUGGAGUUACAGUGCAUUUAUUAUUUUGUCAAGCAUUUAACACACUGGGAACUAACUCUGCUACAUAUUUCAUAUCCAAGAAGGCAUGAUAAUAGUGGACUUAAACAAGAAGAUACUUGGCAAUGGCCUAUGAAGAGGAACAGCCUUCUGCAGGAGUCAGGUUUGUCUGCCUUGCUGUUGAUAUUGAGCAGCAGAGAAGAGGAGAAAGUUAUUGAAAGUAUCAUGCCACAUCAAUGGGAGAAUGAUAGGAAAAAGAGCAGCACCACCAGCUCUCUGAAGAUGGAUCGAAAAAGCAACGCUGGGAACAGGAAGUCAAGAAAGUUUCGUUCCAUUUCAAGAUCACUUAUACUCUGCAAUGCCAAAAACAGUGAUGAUGGGUCAAGUCCUGAUGAGAAAUGCCCUGACCCCUUUGAGAUCUCUGCUAGUUGGAGUCAAGAGGAUUUUGACUGCUGUCCUAGAACACAAUUGCCAUGCACACCAGAGACAGAAGACAGCCCACCUGAUCCUCCAUGUGUGAUCACCAGCAUGGUCCAGUCCAAAGCUGCAGCAAAUGAGAACUGCAACAACAUGAGAAGAAAGUUACUCACUAAGGUAGGCAACUCAGUGCAGUAUAUUGUAAUGUUUCCCAUUAUGGUAGUUCCUAAAUGGAUUAAUACAUAUUUCUCAGGAACACGGGAUUCUACUUGA